AUGGUGCUUACGAGAGCACUUGAUUCGCGGCUGGCCUGGACUGGUCACCGGUCCGCUUCUCAGGGUGGGGAAGCGCAUCCAUUUGGCUGUUUUAUUGGAGCGCGACGGUUUGUGCGAUUUGGGAAAGUCAAUCGGGCGUCGCUCACAUGCGCGGAGUACUCAGCCGACCCAAGGGUCAGCAAGGAUAAGUCAGAAGAUCCACAUGCCUUCAGCACGGACGCAGCGUCGUUUUUGAAGGAGCACAUGCGGGAUGAGCGGACCACGCGGGAGCACCGACAGCCCGUGACGGCCGACCGCCUGCCAGAUAUGAUCGCGCCGUAUCAUAUCCACAGAUGCGGCCACCUGGCUGGCCUAGGCUUGGAUGUCCCCCUCUCGCCGUGGGAAGCAGACCUGCUGCACGCUUCAUCUGGCGCCGCUGGCUCGAGUGCGACACUGACGAGGGAGAUUGUCAAAACUGGUGAUAAUCACGAAACCGAGAUUGUCUCUGAGGGCGGAGGGCUUGGUCUGUCGGCAGCCUACCUGCUUGCCUCCCCGCCCGCGUGGGACGAAGGGGAGUGUGAGCAGUACCUAUCCCAAGAGCUGGGUGAAGAGAAGGAGCUUUCGGAAAGAGAAGAGGCCAUGAAGACUGCGAAAGCCCAGACUGGGUCAGCUCGGGGAGGUUCGGAGCACGGGGAAAGUGGACCUCCGGAGGAAGCUUCCUCAAAGGCUAUGGAUGAGUACAGGCGGCGUGCUGUGGUGAUGUGGGCGGUGGGUGAAGCGACGGUGAAUGAGGUGGUGGAGGGCUGCUCGGCCGAAGGGGGUGGUGGGAAGGAGGAGGUUUACAGGGAGGGUGAUGGAGAAAACAUCAGUGAAAGGGGGAAUGUUGGGCAUGCUUGGCAGCUGAGGUGGUGGCCCCAUAAGCACACUAGACCUCUGGAACAAAGGCAUGGGUCGCAAUUUGACAAGCAUUUGUAG